CAGGAGAGUGUUGGUGGCUGAAGUUUUGUCCGCUGCCUGUGACAGGAGAGUCUUGUAGAGUGGAUCCUCUGGCUUGACAUGUACAAGACAUGGAAAUCCCAGGCAGCCUGUACACAGAUGGGGUGCACUUUUUUAUACAGGACCCAGGCUCUGGUGCAAUAUACAAGAGGGGAAAACUCAUUGGAAAGGGUGCUUUUGGGAGAUGCUUCAAGUUCACAGACAUAACUAGUGGCCGGGUGUAUGCAGUGAAGAUGAUUUCUCGCUUAAAGAAGCUUCAGAUGCAGCAGAGAGGAGGGGUUGAGAUAGAGAUUGAACUUCACAGUCAACUUAAGCACAAAAACAUUGUGAGGUUUUACCACCAUUUCCAAGACCAGCGAUACAUGUAUCUUAUACUAGAAUACUGCCGGCACAAGUCUCUUGCUCACAUCCUGAGGGUCCGGAAACUGCUGACAGAGCCAGAGGUCCGGUACUACAUGAAGCAAAUACUGCAGGGGCUACAGUUCUUACACCAACAGGGAAUUAUCCACAGGGACCUGAAGCUAAGUAACUUUUUCAUUGCUAAAAACAUGGUUGUGAAAAUUGGGGACCUGGGAUUGGCUACAACUGUGGACCAGUCUGAAAAAAGACCAGGUGUUAUUUGUGGAACUCCCAACUACCUGUCCCCGGAAGUUCUUGCCAAGAAUGGACAUUCCUUUAAAUCUGACAUCUGGGCUCUUGGAUGCAUAAUGUACACGCUGCUGACAGGAUACUCCCCUUUUAGGGCCCGAUCACAGAAAGAGAUGUAUUAUUUUAUCCAAGAAGGUUUUUUUCCAGUGCCUAUAUACAUAUCCAUAAAUGCCAGGAAACUUAUCAUAGCAUUACUUGCAAGCUGUCCGCUUGACCGGCCAUGUUUGGAGGACAUUUUUGGACAUGACUUCUUCACUCAGGGAUUCACACCAGAGACACUGUCUUCAGCCACUUGCCGCACUGCUCCGACCUUCACAUUUUCCAACCACCUCACCAGAUUCUUCAGAAAAGCAGCUAAGGUGCUAUAUACUGGAGUAUUUCAGAAGCCUUUCUGCUCAGAUUGUUCUUGGACUGGGGAGCAUAGAAAUUCAAUCAUUGUAUCCCCAGAGAGUCCGGAGUCCCAGAAUGCAGAUAUUCUCUGUAGGGCAGCAGAAACAAACCAACCAGCUAAGUCUUAUGUUGAUUCGUUGAAAAUUCUCAUGGAAGGAAAAAUGAACAACAGGAGCAGGUCUGCUACCCAGAUGCAAAGAGAACUAAGUGACGACAGAGUGGUGGAGAAUGUAACUCUUGUAUUACGCAACUGUCUCCAAAACAUGGCAUCAGGAGCAUUUGAGCCCAAGGAUCAAGUGACAUGUCCCAUUCUUUGGGUGACCAAGUGGGUGGAUUAUUCAAACAAGUUCGGCUUUGGAUAUCAACUUUCUGACAGUUGUACAGGGGUCUUGUUGAGUGACGGAUCUCACAUUUCACAGUUCCCGUAUCUGGGAAAAGUUUGCUAUUCUACCAGUUCAAGUGAGCAUAUUACCUUUCCUGAAUGGACCCCUCCUUGUAGUCUUGAGGAGAAGAUGAAAAUUCUUAGGUUCUUCUCUGAAUACAUGCAGGACAGGAUUCUGGAGGGUGGCGACCUGAAAGCUGCACCUAGCUGGUCUGUCAGAACCUUGUGUCUCCUGCGUUUUCUGAAAUCAGAUCAGGCCUUGUUAAUGCUGUUCAGUAAUGGAACCCUGCAGGUGAAUUUUUACCAUGAUCGAAUCAAGAUAAUACUGAGUAGGCAAAACAAUUAUUAUCUAUUGACCUUCAUUGACCAGGACAGACAAAGCAGUACAGUUCCCCUGUUAUGCCUACAAAAGGGCUGCCCACCCCUAAUAUACCAGCGCUUGGAAUAUGCACUCAGGAUGAUGGAGAAUUUGUGAGGACUUGAAAUACCUUUUUUUAUACAUAUAUUUUGGAGAGCAUGUAAUCAGUCAGUAGAUUUCCCAUGUUGUCCAUUUGUUUGUUUACAACAUAUUUCAUUUCAGAUCAUUAUGGUGCAACAAUGCUUAAAAACACAUGAAACCCCCCCAAAAAUAUUUUAUGAUAUUGAUAGAGGAUAUAAUUUUAAACAACUUUCCCAUUUACUUAUGUUAUCUAAUUUGCUUUGUUCUUUUUGUCACCUUUGUUGAAAAGCAUACCUAGGUAGGCUGCUGGUUGCACAUAUUGUAUAUGACUCUUAUUAUUGGCUUUCUGAUGUGUUCAGCUAGCUGCCAGUAUUGCACUGUUGCUCCUUCAAUAAAGGAUAGUAAGAGCAUGAAGCAAAAUUAAUUAUAGAAGUAAUUUGGAAAGUUGAUUAAAAUUAUAUGCUCUGAGUCAGGAACGAAAAAAAGGGAAUCUUCCACAAAGAAAAAAAACAAAACAAACAAAAAAACAUUGUGUCAUUAUUAUCAUUUGUUAAUUAGUAUAUGAUUGAUUCUUUUCAAUCUGAAAAAAAAACCAAUAUUUUAAAGCACUGAGUGCUUAAAGAAGCUGGGUCUGUUAAAGGGAUAUUGUAGGAAAUUGUGUUCAAUAAAACUAAUAAAAUAAUUAUUUAUGUUAAAAUUGGUUAAAGUGGUAGGUAAUACAUUUUUGUGCAUAUUUGAUACUGAAAUAUCAUUUGCUCUCUGUAUGCUUUUUCCACACAGUCACAUAUAUGUGGAAAAAAUAAAACACUGUAAUAUUUUUUAAAAUACUUUCUUUUAGAUGGAACAAGAAAGCAAUGUCCUUUUAAGAAACCACCCUACACAAUAUAUUUAUUUAAAUGGUCUACUCACAGUGCUUUAAUGAUAGAUAUAUUUACAGUGUUGCUGGCUGAUCUAUUAGCUACUGCAAGAAGUGUUUUUGUUUGUUUUUUAAUGGGAGAUUCAGUUUAAAUGGACACUGUACUCUGUUUUUUCCCUAAUAUCCAUAUGAAAGAGUAGCAUUUAAACAUGGUGAUUUUUUUAAAGUCUGAUUUAAAGGACAUUCCACUCAAAAAUGAAAUGUACAUAAAUUAUUUACAACAAACAUAUACUGGUAAAAAUGCUUCUAAUAAGUUAUUUCUGCUUUAGAGUUAGCAUUUUUAUCUGCAUGCGCAUGUGGAUUAUAAGUAGAUAUUCUCAUCAUUUUAACCCCUUAACGACUAGCAACUUCGUCUUGUAGUGGGGCUUGCUUUUUUUAAAGCGCUAUUUCAGGAGGCCUGCAGGAGGAAGGGAGGUCAUAAUAGGAUUGCCGGUGAGACCUGCACUAUUAUGAGCUGACAAUCUCUUGUCGUUAAAGGGUUAACUACUGUAGCUGCGGCUUGUAUAAUGUCAGCAAUGACACAAAUUGAGUCAUUAUCAGAUGAUACAUGCACCUUAGACUCUGAGCAAGUGCUGUUUUUAAAAUGCGCGCACAAAGCAUAUUUAAGUACACUAUCAAAAUAGCUAUAGCUUUAACUAGCUAAUACGUGUAUAGUGCAAAAAUGUUCCUAUGCAAAACUGAAAUGUAACUGUGUGCAUUCCACUCUUGGCUGGAAUGUCCCUUUAAUUAACUUAAAACUUAUACAUAGAAUCUCACGUGUACCUGCCAUUUCUUGUUAGCUGAUAGGUACUUCCUGUGACUGUUCAUUGAGCAUUUGUACCUAAUAGACAUUACAGGUACCCCUCAGUUUACGCCAGGGUUAGGUUCCAGAAGAAAUGGUUGUAAAUCGAAACUGUUGUAAAUUGAAACCCAGUUUAUAAUGUAAGUCAAUGGGAAGUGAGGGAGUUAAGUUUCAGGCCCCUCUCAAAAUUGUCAUAAGUAACACCUAAUACAUUAUUUUUAAAGCUUUGAAAUGAAGACUUUAAAUGCUAAACAGCAUUAUAAACCUAAUAAAAUAAUCACACAACACAGACUUCACUUGCAUUUUUCUGCAAACAGUUCUUUCUAUGCAUUCCAAUCUGGACUGAUUUAUAGACAGGAAGAUCUUGUUCCUAUGAAAGCUGCUUGGUGGUAGCUCAUGUCUAGCUAGACUAAUUAAUUCCAGCCUGUUUCUGUGCUUGGCUUUGCAUAUCUUUGCUGCAACACAAGCGGACAUCUCCACCUACUGGCUAUUUUAAUCAAUGCAAUGCUUCUCAAUGCUUUUCAGUAGCAGUCAAAUGACUGAAAAAAAGGUUGUUAUUCUGAAACGGCGCAAAUUGAACUGGCGAAAAUCGAGGGCCACCUGUAUUGUACUUAAUAGACAGUAGCAGGAAAUACCUAUGAGCCAAUUAGCAUUAAAGGGGAAGUAAACCUACACAAUAAUGUUUUAUAAUUCUGCACAUACUCCUGGCUCUACUGAGCGGGUCUGUUAUUUAACUAAGUGCAUCGCUGCAUGCUGUCUAGUCACAGCCGGUCGCGCCAUUAAACUCAAUGUAGCUCUCUCCCGCUCUGGGACCCGCUCAGUAGAGCCAAGAGCAGCAUAAUACAAAAUUCUAAGUUCUUGCGAAUAAUUUUUUUAAAAUACUUUUUAGUUUUAUAAACUUGGCGCUAAAAUAAUGUUAUAUAAUUCUGCACUAUGUGCAAAACUAUAUAGCAUUAUUGUGUAGGUUUACUGUCCCUUUAACACCAAGUACACAACUAGUGCUACUGUAUUAGUUUAGCUGCUGCUUGUUUAUAUGGAUAAUAAACAUUUUGGAAUACAGUGUCUCUUUAAUAAUAAUAAUACAGUGUCUCUUUAAAGGGACAUAAAACCCACAUUUUUUCUUUCAUGAUUCAGAUAGAGCUUAUGUUUUUAAACUUCCUUCUAUCAUCUAAUUUGUUUUCUUAUCUUGGUAUCCUGUGUUGAAAAGGAUACCUAGGUAGGCUCAGGAGCUUCUGAUUGGUGACUACACACAUCUGCCUCAUGUUAUUGGUUCACCCAAUGCAUUCAGCUAGCUCCCAGUAAUGCAUUGCUACUUCUUCUACAAAAAAUACCAAGAGAAUGAAGCAAAUUAAAUAAUAGAAGUAAACUGGAAAAUUGUUUAAAAUUGUAUGUUCUACCUAAAUCAUGAAAGAAUAAUUUUGGGUUUCAUGUCCCUUUUAAGUAUUCUGGCACAAUAACACACAUUACAACUGUUUGCCAGUAGUCAGGUGUUCUAUAAUGGUGAAAAUGUAAUUAUUUUGUUCAAGAGAACCCACGUAACAGGCCUGCAGCAUCAAGAGGUAAAAACAUGUACUAUAUAAGUUAAGUUAAGAACCACAAACACUGGUAUUGCUUGAUGUAAACAAUUUCUUUUUUUUAAUGUUAUUUAUUUCAAUUGUUUUCUAUUAAUUAUGUUAUAAAAUGUAAUGCAGGGGUAUUUUUGUAUGUGAUCUUGUAACAUAAAAUAUCCAUAUUUGUAAAUACAUCUUUUUUUGGGUCUUCCAGCUUAAGGGCUGUAUAAAAUUUCAUGGCGUUUGUUUAUAGCUGUAGGAAACAGGAAAAGUGUUAAUAAAAAUCGCCAUUCAAUGUUGAA